AUGUCAUUUCUAAAUGGGACCAGCCUAACUCCAUCUUCAUUCAUCCUAAAUGGUAUACCUGGUCUAGAAGAAGUACAUCUGUGGAUCUCGCUCCCCCUGUGCACCAUGUACACCAUUGCUCUUACAGGGAACUUUGGCCUGAUGUACCUCAUCUACACAGAAGAGUCCUUACACAGACCUAUGUACAUCUUCCUGGCCCUUCUUUCCUUCACGGAUGUGCUCAUGUGCACCAGCACUCUUCCCAACACUCUCUGCAUACUCUGGUUCAACCUCAAGGUGAUUGAUUUUAAAGCCUGCCUAACCCAGAUGUUCUUUGUGCACACCUUCACAGGGAUGGAGUCUGGGGUGCUCAUGCUCAUGGCCCUGGACCGCUAUGUGGCCAUCUGCUAUCCCCUGCGUUAUGGCACCAUCCUCACUAAUGUGGUCAUUGCUAAGGCUGGGCUCCUCACUUUUCUCAGGGGUGUGAUGCUUGUCAUCCCUUUCACUUUCCUCACCAAGCGCCUGCCAUACUGCAGGGGCAAUGUCAUCCCCCACACCUACUGUGACCACAUGUCUGUGGCCAAAAUAUCCUGUGGGAAUGUUCAGGUCAAUGCCAUCUAUGGUCUGAUGGUUGCCCUCCUGAUUGGGGGCUUUGACAUCCUGUGCAUCACAAUCUCUUACACUAUGAUUCUUCAGGCAGUUGUGAAUUUAUCAUCAGCAGAUGCUCGACAGAAAGCCUUUAGCACCUGCACUGCUCACAUCUGUGCCAUUGUCAUCACCUAUGUCCCAGCCUUCUUUACCUUCUUCACACACCGCUUUGGGAGACAGACUAUUCCACCCCAUAUACACAUCAUUAUGGCUAAUCUCUAUCUACUCAUGCCUCCCACAAUGAACCCUAUUGUGUAUGGGGUGAAAACUAAACAAAUACGAGAGUGUGUCAUUAGGUUCUUACUUAAAGGAAAGGAUAAUCCUCAUAACAUUUAA